CGCACGCAAAGUAGUUUAACAAAGUGAAUAGUUUUAGCGUACGUGUAAUAUCAUUAUCAUCUGUUGCCUGUUGCUAUCUUCAACAACCUAAACAAACUGGUCUCGCUCGCCGGACGUUUUUUAACAGAAUGUCCACACUCUCUCUCGCCGGCGCCGGCUUCUCCAUCCCCACUUCCGGCUACUCCAAACCCACCACCACAACCUUCCGACGAGCAGCGCCGCCGCUACAGGCGGCGCUAGCUGAGGCCCCGAACACAUCCUCAUCAAACAACAACAAAAACGCCGUCGUUCCGGUUGUACUGGACUUAUCAUCAUCACUGGAUCGAACUGAGGAUAUGCAAGCUGAAGCAAAGGCUUUGGCCCGGGCUGUGAAUGCUACUGUUUACAGCCCAGAAAUGCUUUCGAGUAGGUAUGGGUCAAGCCCAUUUAAGGUGUUGGGGAGGGCUUUUAAGAUUUUAUCUGGAAUUGGGUUGUUUGGGCUUAGGGUUUGGGUUGAUCAGUUACAGGGGCUGGUUGAUGAGAGGAGGAGAUUCAGAGCUGUUGAACUGAGGAAGGUUUUGACUGGUUUGGGCCCUACUUUUGUCAAAAUUGGACAGGGUUUGUCGACCCGACCCGAUUUGUGCCCGCCUGAGUAUCUUGAAGAGCUUGCGGAAUUGCAGGAUGCUUUGCCGACAUUUCCGGAUGCAGAGGCGCUUUCAUGUAUUGAGAGAGAGCUGGGUCUUCCGCUUGAAUCAAUAUACUCGUCAAUAUCGGUAACACCAAUUGCUGCAGCCAGUCUAGGCCAAGUUUAUAAGGCUCGGCUUAAAUACUCUGGGCAGGUAGUUGCCGUGAAGGUGCAGCGACCUGGAAUUGAAGAAAUUAUAGGACUGGAUUUCUACCUGAUAAGGGGUUUAGGACACCUUAUAAAUAAAUAUGUGGACAUAAUUACCAGUGACGUUGUGGCUCUUAUAGAUGAAUUUGCUGGUAGAGUUUAUCAAGAGCUCAACUAUGUGCAGGAGGGUCAAAAUGCCAAGAGGUUUAGAAAGCUGUAUGCUGACAAGGCGGAUGUCCUUGUACCAGAUAUAUUUUGGGACUACACCAGUGUGAAAGUUUUAACAAUGGAAUGGGUUGAAGGCGUUAAGUUAAGUGAGCAAGACGCUAUUGAAAGGCAAGGGUUAAAAGUGUUGGAUCUGGUUAAUGCUGGUAUUCAGUGCAGUCUUAGACAGCUACUUGAGUAUGGGUAUUUUCAUGCUGAUCCUCAUCCUGGAAAUCUCUUGGCGACACCUGAUGGAAAACUCGCUUUUCUAGAUUUUGGGAUGAUGAGUGAGACUCCUGAAGAUGCAAGAUCAGCUAUCAUAGGUCAUGUUGUUCACCUAGUAAAUCGGGACUAUGAAGCUAUGGCUCGUGAUUAUUAUGCAUUGGACUUUUUGUCCCCUGAUAUCGACAUUUCUCCAAUAGUACCAGCCCUUAAGAACUUCUUUGAUGAUGCACUCAAUGCAACUGUGAGCGAACUCAACUUCAAAACAAUAGUUGACGGCCUCGGGGCUGUACUUUACGAGUAUCCAUUUAAUGUCCCAGCUUAUUAUGCAUUGAUAUUAAGAUCGCUAACUGUUCUGGAAGGCUUGGCACUGUAUGCUGAUCCAAAUUUCAAGGUUCUGGCUGCUUCAUAUCCAUAUUUUGCCAAAAGACUUCUCACUGAUCCAAAUCCAUAUCUUAGAGAUGCUCUUAUUGAUUUGCUCUUCAAGGAUGGGAGGUUUAGGUGGAAUAGACUUGAAAACUUGCUUGUCCAGGGUAAAAUGGAUAAAGAUUUUUCAGCAAAUGAUGCAUUACAACCUGUGCUGAAGCUACUAUUGGGUCCCGAUGGUGAACAGCUCAGAGCGUUAGUUAUAAGAGAGUCUGUCCGAGUUUCUGAAGCUGUUAUAUUUGGCACAAUGAUUGAUACGUACAACGCUAUUCCAGGGCCUUUAAAAAAUUUGUUUUUCAAUAACACAGCUGGGCCUACCUUGCUGAGUGAUAGUGAACAGGAAAAUUUGAUGGAACUUAGAGCACAGGUAAUUAGGAUUUGGGGGCUUCUUAGGUCCACUGAGAAUUUUGAUCCUACCAUGUUGCGGCCCCUUUUACAGGUCCUUCAAGAACCAGAGGCCCAGAAUCUAGGACGUCGUGUAUUUGGUGGAAUCACACAACGUUUUGCGGCUCGGUUGCUGCAACAAUUUCUUAGAGCCCCAACAGUUUCGACUUCCACCUUGUAACCACUGUACUUAACUCACUGAGUAGCCGGUUCUUUCAUUAUUACAAGGGGAGAUGAUAAACAAUUGACACGGUGAACAGAAAUAAUAGGCAAAAGUGAAUAGGCGUUUUGAAAAUAGAUUUUACACCUAAAACAACAAAAUUUGUAAUCUCCUCCUAUUGUUUACUCUCAUUGGCCCAAUAGAGUUGAAUUGCAAUCUUGUAUCAAAGAAGAACGCUGAAAUAUUAGUGUUGUAUAUGAUAUAUUAAUGGAAUAAUAGUGUUGAUGGCUUAUAGUAA